UCUGACCACUCGCGCGCCCGGAACAACUGUAGUGCUACCUCCAUCCGCCAUAUAUACUAUAUCAUCUCUUGGAGUAAUUUCAUUGCCACCAGUACAAGCAGUUAGUUCGAAAGCACAACACAAGCAAGAAGAAGACACUGCUUGAUCUCAAAUGGAGGAGGAGGCGCAGGUGGAGGUGCCUUGCUACUUCGUGUGCCCCAUCUCGCUGCACAUGAUGCGCGACCCCGUGACGCUCCCCACCGGCAUGACCUACGACCGCGACGGCAUCGAGCGCUGGCUCCUCACCGCCGGCACCUGCCCGCUCACCAAACAGCCCGUGCCGGCCGACUGCGACCCCACGCCCAACCACACGCUGCGCCGCCUCAUCCAGUCCUGGGGCGCGGCCCACGGCCUAGUCCAGCGCGUCGCCACGCCGCCGCCCAAGCCCCCCAUCACCGAUGUCGCCUCGCUCGUCUCGCGGAUCGGCGGCGCCGCCAGUAAUAAUUUCACGCAAGAGCUCCUCGCCGCUCUGCGCGAGCUCAGGGGCGUGGUGGCGUCCGAGGAGAGCCAACGCAGCUGCAGGAACGACGACGCAGCAUGCGCGGCGGUGGACACUUUGGUCGGCGUGUUCAUCACCGCAUCCGCAUCGGCGACGACAAGCACAAGCAGUGUUGCCGUCUGCGAUGAGGUGCUCGAGAUCAUCUCAUCAUCGGACAAGUGCCUACUAGCAGCUCGUGUCAUCAUGGAGACCAACACUAACGAGGCGGCGGUCGACGCUCUCGUCUCCGCUCUGCGUCGAUCCAACACCGCGUCCAGAGCGCACGCGGCGCUGCUUCUCCGGAACGUGACGGCCGUCAUGCCGACGAGCAGCCUGGCGUCCCUACCGGAGCAGGUGUUCGGGGAGGUGGUGCGCUUGAUCCGCGACAAGCAGCAGGUAUCCAGGGCUGCGACCACCAAGGCAGCCCUGCACGUGCUCGUCGGCACCACACCGUGGGACCGCAACCGCGUCAAGGCGGUGGACGCCGGCGCGGUGCCAGCGCUGGUGGACAUGCUCCUGGACCUGGACGGGCCGGAGCGGCGCGCCUGCGAGCUGGCGCUAGGCGCGCUGGGCCGGCUGUGCGGGUGCGCCGAGGGGCGCGCCGCGCUGGUGGCGCACGGCGCGGCCGUGGCGGCCGUGGCCAGCAAGGCCUUGAGGGUGUCGGACGUGGCCACCGACAAGGCGGUGCGGGUGCUGCGGUCGGUGGCGAGGCACGCGGCCACGGCGGCGGUGGUGCAGGAGAUGGCGCACACCGGCGUGCCGGGGACGCUGUGCGUGGUGGCGCAGUCGGAGCAGUACGGCGACAGGACGAGGGAGCGGGCGCGGGAGACGCUCCGGCUGCACGCGAGGGCGUGGAGGAGCUCGCCUUGCCUGCAACACAAGCACCUCCACGCCGCCGCCCAUGUAGUCAUGUACCCUUGCUGAACUGACUGAAAAGCACCACCACCCUUCUUGCUGUUUGUGCAUGGAUUGAUGAUUAUUGGUGUAGUUCGCUCUAGCUCUGAAUAUAAUUGACCUGUUUAGUACAGAGGCCGGACAUAAUCAACAUCAGUAUCGUUCAAGGCAAAGAAUUAAUCCGAUCUGGCAGGCAAUUCUUUUGGAUGUAGUUUCUCUAUAUUAGCUUAGUCACUACUGCUUCAUUCAGUCGGAUUUGCCAUCAUCAGU